ACCGAUUGAUUGUCAGCAUUUCAACCUAAGUCUCGUAUACAAAAAGGUCGGAAAAUCAAUAAUGGUCACUUUGUUUACAACAUUACGCAUUAAAGGAUUACGCAAUAUAUCUUCGACAAUGCAGAGAAAAUCGAACGUGUUUACAUCAACGUUGGUUCCGAUUGAAGACGAGGUCCAUUGCUAUAGCAUAGCGUGUAUACGCUAAGCGUGUGAAACACAGCAGAGAGAUCUAGUCGAUAUUUGCCACCACCCACACUGUCGAGAUGUAUCGGCUUGCCGUCGUGAAAUCAGCAUAAUUAAUAUUUUUAUUGACCUUGGAUAAGCGAUAGGCCUUACGACCCCUAGUCCUGGACUUGCUGAGUAAGAUUCGUUUUUCAACACCAGUCAAUUCUAAUAUGUCGGAAUCGGCUGCACCGACUGCUCCAGGUACUACCGAACAAGAUGGCAAAGUUGUUGAAUCUGAAUCGCCUACUCCGGUCAAGGAGAUGAAGAGUUUGGUAUUGACAGGAUUCGGCGGAAUCAAAAUGUUAAAGGUAUUGCAGAAUCCAGAACCAACAGUCAGUGAAACCGAAGUUCUGAUCCGAGUGAAAGCUGGUGGGUUAAAUUUUCCCGAUUUAAUGGUAAGACAGGGUGUAAUAGAGAAUCCACCUAAGACGCCAAUUAUUAUGGGGUUCGAAUGUUCUGGUGUAAUAGAGGCUCUUGGAGAAAAUACUACUGGUUUAAAUGUUGGAGAUAGAGUUAUAGGUUUCAGUGACUAUAAAUGCUGGGCAGAACUGGUAGCCAUACCCGCUAAAUACGUUUAUAAGAUGCCUGAUAAUAUGUCAUUCCAUGAAGGAGCUUCUUUUCCUAUGAAUUUUGCCACUGCAUAUAUUUUAUUAUUUGAUAUUGCUAAUUUAAGAAAAGGGCAGUCGUUAUUACUGCAUGCUGUUGCCGGUGGUGUGGGAACAGCAAUAUGUCAGCUGUGUAAAACAGUUGAAGAUGUUACUGUUUUUGGAACCGCGUCUGCUGGAAAACAUGAUUCUGUUAGAGACAAUUUAACUCAUAUUUAUGACCAUGCGACUGAUUAUUGUCAAGAAGUUAGAAAAGUAUUUCCGCAAGGUGUAGAUAUAGUGUUAGAUUGCUUAUGUGGUGAUGAUACUAAUAGAGGUAUCAGUCUUCUAAAACCAAUGGGAAAAUACAUUUUAUAUGGUUCAUCAAAUAUAGUAACAGGCGAGACCAAAAGCUUUUUCAGUUUUGCUAAAUCUUGGUGGCAGGUUGAUAAAGUAUCACCAAUCAAAUUGUUUGAUGAAAAUAAAGUUAUUGGUGGGUUCCAGCUACGCCGUCUGCUCUUCCAACAAGGGCAAGAUGGGUAUGUUCGUGAUAUCAUGAAUAAACUGAUGAAAUUAUACAAAGAUAAAAAGAUAAAACCAACUAUAGAUUCAGCAUGGGCGUUUGAAGAUGCUGGAGAUGCUAUGCAAAAGAUCCAGGAUCGUAAGAACAUUGGCAAAAUAAUUUUGGAUCCCACUGCACAACCAAAACCAAGACCAAAGGAAGCUACCACUGAACCCGCUACUGAGGCCACUGCCGAUGGCGAAGCUAAAAAAGAUGAAACAAAAUCUGAAGCUUAGAGGCUUAGAACUUUUCAACCAGCUCUCUUACCAAGGUAUACCAUCUUUUUUGUAGAUGAAUACAAACUAUGACUUCAACAGAAACUAUCAAGGUCUGAUUUUCGAAUCUUUCAACAUAGACUUUAGUAUAUAAUAGAAGCUUCGGUGCUUAAGGCCUGCAUCACCAUAAGAAUGCCUACUGGUUACAGUACUUCAAGCGAUUCAAAUAUAUUUAUUAUGAAUUUAAAUCAAUAAGUAAUUUAAUAUUGCUUAUUAUUUGUGUAUUAUCUUUCUUUAUAUACUUUGUAUUAUAACCAUUUAUAUUGUGGUGUAUUUUACAGAAGAGAUUACAGAUGAUUUAUUUUCUUUUAUAUAGUAAAUAUAUUCCAAUAUAUAAAUUGAUGUUUAAUUAUUUUGAUCUCCUAGACCCCCCCCCCCCCAAACAAAUUUAGUUUGCUAUGUUUAUACAUAUAUUUAAAUUCUUUAGUUGUAUAAUAGAAUUUACAACCUUGCUGUAUCGUACAAUAUUUGACACAUAUACUCAAUAAAAAGCAUUAAGGAUGGAAUUAUUCCAAGUGCUUUCGGUAUUAGAGGUCACGGUUUAUAUCGUUACGGUGUCGGUGCUGUGAAUGACCCUGUGUAUAGCAGAAAAUAGAUUAAUAUUAAUAUUAACGGGAUUUUUUUUAUUUCAAUAAAGCAUUUGGCUUACUCUUUUUUGAAACUCCUGAAACCAUUUCUCAUCUGAAGGGUUCACAUGGUUAAUUAUACAUUUUUGUUGUACCAGAAUACAAAUUUCCAAUCCAUAAUCUACCUAUUGAAAACAAUAUCCAAAAUACCAUUUGUGGCUGAGAAACCGAAAAAAACACAGCCGCUCGGUUUCAAUAGCCUAAUGAUUUUAGUCGAAAUUGAUCAACUUCCCUUCGCUGUGCUCAGAUGAGUGCCGCUUUUGCGUUGUGAAAAAAUAAAUAUUAAAGUGUGAUUUUGUCCAAACUGUUAAUAUUAAAAUAUAAAUGAAGUUGUUUUAUUUUUUAACAAAAUUUAUUUUAUUAAAAAUAUAUAUUUUAACAUGUAGAAAUGUUAAUUACCUUUAGAAUGUUUGAUGUAAAAAAAAAACCCAGAUAGGUUACUAUAAUAAUAGACGAUAAAAAACUACCAAAUACCUUGUGACGUCUUUAUUUCCUUUAGAAGUUAUACCUGUAGCUUUAUUAAAGAUACAUUAUGGAAGAUAAGAUAAAGAGCUGGCAGUUCUCACUAUAAUAGAUAAAAGAACUAGAUAAUAUAAUGGGAAUAUGUUGAAAAUUUCAGUCAAAUUGCUCCACUCUGAACCGAGAUAAUAGCGAUUGAUUUUUCGGUCUAGCCUCUGGCAACAUUACUAAAGUCGGUACGAUAAAAAAAACAUAGUCUCGAUUAUCCAUUUUUGGAUUUAAUCAUCAAUGAGCGUUGAGCUGCAGAUAGGAUUCAAAUCCAGUGACAAUCUGACACAUAAGAUGGCAUCGAGAGUUGAUUACGGUCUUUUCAUGUUAAUAAACGUCUAAUUAAAAGUUUAUAUAACAUUUCAGGCCUAAAGAAAGACAUGAUAUAGGCAGAUUUAGCUCUUGCAUAAUGUAUUUUUAACGCAAAAAAUGAACAGAUAAUAUUUAAAACCACACUGAAUAGCUUUCGUGUCAAAUCAUGACGUCAAUUGUAAUUGAAGCCACAAACUGAUUAAAACACAGAUCCAAUUUCGUUUCGUUUUUAUAGUUCAAAAUUUAGAUUUUACUUGUCUUUAAUACACUUGGUGUAGGUCAUCGAAAGUAUAAAAAAACGAAACGAAAUAUAGAUCUAUAUUUUAAUUAGAUUGUUGACGCCACAUUUAUCUAUUUAGUAAGUUUAUCGUCUUUUGAUUUACAUGCCUCACUCAAACUUCCAAUUUACAUUACACAACCGUCACUAACGCUGUAACGAUUUUCUGUACGACUUUAAGAAAAGGACAACAAUUUGAUAAAAACACUCAUGUAACCGAAAUUUUUAUUUCAAUAACGUGCGAUUGCUUUAUACCCAGAUGAUCGUACAGUUUUUGUAGUGGUGUGUAUUAUAUGGUGGACCAGGAUAUUACAGCCCUGUGUUGUUAAAACCUAAAAGAAAAAAAAAACAAAGCUUGUAGCAAUGACUUAUUGUUCCCUUUCUGUACCGCAGAGCUAUGAUAUAAUCUGGUCAAUUUCCAUCUAUUGUUUAAAGUGGACAACUUCCACUUUAAAUGCAGGUACACAAGUAAGUAAAAUCUACAGAAAUGGCAAACUGUAAAACAUUAACAUGGCAUGGUUGGCACAUCCCCUUGGUAGAAAAUCCUCCUGAAUACAUUAAUCAUUUUAUUUCGUCUUCCCAGGAAGAUUUCAACACAUGUAAUAAUUUGGUUUACAAUCAUGCAAUAUAGUGGAGCAUUAAUUCUUUGACGGGAAUGUAUUAUACAAUAUAUGAUACUUUAAACUCAACUACACACCUGUAUUCUUAUCACAAAUUAUAAGCUAGUGUUGAUCUCUGUACCAAAAUGUAAUAGAACAUAAUAUUUUAGGUUUACUUAUGAUGACUUAUGGCAUGCAUUUUGCCCUUUCGUACUUUGUGAAUCAAAUUGGUGUUAUUAUUGACUUGUCAAAUCAUGGACAUGCCAAACUUCUUUAUUCGGCCAAAAUUUAUUUUACAUCUGAAGGUUUAAAGGACAAUAUUGGUGCCAGUCAUUAUCACAUAUGUGAUAGAGCUGGUUAAACACAUUCCAAAUAUAAUUUUAACACAGAGAUCAUUGCUACGAUAGCUGAGUAAUACAGGUUUCCUGAAUCGGAAGUGACGAACGCCAAAGGAAAACACGAGUCACCCCUCUAUAAAACUGACUGAUGUGACGAGUGAUAACAGAUACACGGCCGAAUUUCUGCUCACUAAUAAUUCCUUCGAAGACCAAAAGUUGUUUUUUUCUCAUUACACAAUAUUGUUAUUUAUUGUUUUGUUGUUUUAUGCAGGUUAUAUUUUAGAAUAUUAUUAUUAGACAUAUAAAUAUAUCAAUAUAAUAAAACAUUUGUUCACUGUU